AUGUCCCCCUGGUCAACCUACACGGCCGACAACGCCUCCUCGUCGUCGGCCAACUCGGGCUCGUCGUCGUACCCGUACACCACCUCGGCAGGCUACCCCGGCUCGUCGUACCCCGGCUCGUCGUACCCCGCUUCGGCGUCCUACCCCUCCGAGGCAGCAGCCUACGCCGCGCGCUACCAGGCGUACCCCGCCCCGCACGCAGGCUACCCCGCGCCGUACCCCGCCGCCAAGGCCGCCCGCCCCCGCGCGAGCACGUACAUCCCCCCCAGCCACCCGUUCGCCAGCCACAUCGCGCGCCCCGCGCCCCAGGAGCAGGCCUGCAGCUGUACCCACUACACCUUGUGCCCCGCCUGCAGCGCAGACGAGGCGAUGGCGCAGCACGCGCUCAUGGCCCUGCCGGUGCCCUCUGCCCCCUCUGCGGCGCCGGCGCUGCCGAGCAAGGCCGCCAAGCUGCUCGGUAUCCCUGCUACCUCGACUAUGCCGCUGCCGUUUAUCGAGGGCGCGGGCGUGCCGCCGCCGGCGGUGAAGAAGCGCGGCUUUUUCGGCAAGCGCAAGUAG